AUGUCCACGCCCUUCUACAAGCAGUCGCCCCUGCCGCUCAUCAUCGACAACGAGGCCGUGUGCACCUCGCACACGUUUGACGUCGACAGUGUCGAGGCGCCCGGCACGGCCGUCGCCACCGUCUGCGGCGCCACGGUCAAGGAGGCACAUGCAGCAUGCGCGGCGGCGCAGCGGGCCGGACCGGAGUGGCGCAAGAUGCCGCUGACGGAGCGGCGCAAGAUUCUGCUCAAGGCAAGCGAGAUCUUCCAGCAGCGCAUUCCCGAGAUCAUUGCGCUCGAGACGAAGGAGACUGCCUCCAGCAGCGGCUUCGCCGGCUUUGAGACUGCUGUCUUGGCGUCUGCUCAAUUCCAAGAGACGCCCAUCGCAAUGGCGCAAGCCAUGCGAGGCGAGACUGCACCGGUGGACUCGGCGGGGAAGCGCAUGCUCGUGGAGCGCGUGCCGUAUGGAUGUGUGCUUGGCAUUGCUCCGUGGAAUGCGCCAGUCACACUGGGCAUCCGUGCCGUGCUUGCGCCGCUGGCAGGCGGCAACACGGUGAUUCUCAAGACGUCCGAGUACAGUCCCACUGUGCACAUGGCGGUGAUGCAGUGUCUCUUUGAUGCCGGGCUGCCCAAGGGCGUGCUCAAUGUGCUGCACGUCGCGACAAAGGAUGCGCCGGAAGUGACUCAGGCGCUGAUCGCGCAUCCUGUUGUGCGCAAGGUCAACUUCACUGGCUCAACAAACGUGGGCCGCAUCAUCGCGCAGAUCUGCGCCAAGCACCUCAAGCCGUGCAUGAUGGAGCUGGGCGGCAAGAAUCCCAUCGUCGUCACGGGCAAUGCCGACGUCGAGCUGGCGGCCAACAACAUCGUCUUCAACGGCUUUCUGCACCAGGGCCAGAUCUGCAUGAGCGCAAGCAACCUCAUCGUGCACGCCUCGCUCGCCGACGACGUCGCGCAGAAGAUCGGCGCCAUCAUGGCCGAGCAAGCCUCGCUGCUCUCUGCCGGACGCAAGCAGAACCAUUCGGGCAAGGAUGACGAGGCACAUCGUCUGCGCCCGCUGUUCAAUGCUGCCUCGGGAGAGCGCGUCAAGAGUCUGUAUGAGGAUGCAGUCCAGCAGGGCGCCAAGCUGGUCGGCGGCAAGCCGGCGUUUGAGGGCAGCUUGGUGCAGCCGGUAGUGCUCAACGGCCUGACGAAGGAGAGCAAGUUCUACUCGACGGAGGCCUUCGCUCCGAUGAUGGGCAUCAUCAAGUACAACACCGAGCAGGAGGCCAUCGACCUCGCAAACGGCACCGACUACGGCCUCUCCGCGUCCGUGUACAGCCGCGACGAGACGGAGGCCUACCGCAUCGCCUCGGCCAUCGACUCCGGCGCCGUCCACAUCAACGGCGGCACGGUGCACGACGACCAGGCCCUGCAUCACGGCGGCAUGAAGAACUCGGGCUGGGGCCGCUUCAACGGCGUCGCCGGCAUCCACGAGUUCACGCAGAGCAAGUGCGUCACGUUCAACGUGCCGGCGCAGGUGCCGUUCCACAUCAUGUAG